AAAUCUAAAAUUAUCUCAUCUUCUCUCCUAUCUGCCUCUCGUUCCUUUCCUUUGUAGCACUCUCGUUGGCUAUGAUUAUCCUCUCAAGUCUCAUCCAUCUCUGAGUUUCCUGUCUCAUCUUUACAGAUCCGUUGGAUUCUUGUAAUAUAGGUAGUAGAUGAAUUACAAACCCAUUUCAGUAUUCAAAACCAGCUCCUACCCAACCACCAUUUCCUUCUCCUGACUCCACCUCAUCACAACCACCUCCCUCUUGCAACUUGCAUUGGACGGAUUGCGAGCUUUGCCUUCUCCAUCGGAUUAAAUUCAGCCAGACCCAGAUCUCCAGCUAUGCCAUGCUUCUACGCCUUCGAUUCGCCGACCAGAUAAGCUUGUUUAAUGAUGUUGUAGCCUCAACUCUUGCUCUAAAUCAUCUCUUUAGCGGCACCAUUCUUUUCUCCGAAUAUUCUCUUCUUGACCAAAACGAGACUGCUGCUCUAGGUGUGGGUACACUCUUCUCUACAUUUUUGUUUAUUAUGGCCAUGAUUUUUUUUUCCUACCUCUUUAGAAGCUAAAUUCAUCAUUUGGCUGAUUUAAUUUUACCUUUUUAUUUCUGCUAUUUAUAUACCGUUUUUAUCUAGAGCAUGUUUCUUGGAUCUUUGCUAAUAGUUGAAUCAAUGACUUUUGAUGGGCAUUCUGUAUAGUGUGUUAUGAACAAUUUCUAUGGGUUCUUAUGAAUGGUGAUUAGAGCUCGAUUAACAUUUCUUGUUGGAUUUGUGUGGUAGCUGUGCUAUUGGAUAUAUGUCUUAUUACUCUAUUUAUUUCUUAUGGCCAUGAUUUUUUAUUUUUUAUUUUUUUUCUACUCUUAUCGUUAGUUUUAUUCUUUAAAGGUGCCCCUUUAAUGUAGUGGAUGUUACUUUAGUAGCAUUUCAGAAAGCUUAUGCAUGUUAUGUUCUUCUAAUAGAGAUUUUUCUUUCUUGCAUCAUGAUCUCUCUGUAGUUAUAGAUUGUAUAGAAAUAUUUCAAAUCAUUCUUGGCCUUCAAGAUCUUCAAAUUUGGAACUCCCUGCACCCAAAUGUAAAUUGAAAUAUUGAUGCCUGUUAUUUGUAAGCUCAGCCCUGCUGGUAUUGGUGGAGUUCUCAGAAACUCCAGUAGAAUAUUUCUUUGCAUCUUCUCUAGGGUGUAUGGAGCAUGUGACUCAAAUGAGAUUGAGGAAAUUGAAGCCAAAGCCUUUUAAUACGAGAUCCCAAGUGAAAGGUAUCAAAAGACCAAAAUGCCCUCCCUUUAAAUGAUAUAAAGUUACUAUAAUGCCCUCAGCGACGGCACCAUACAAAAUCAUUUCCGCUUAAAAAUUUCCCUCGACCCCACCCUUAUCCUUUCCUUUUAUGUGUAUCUAUAAAGCGACAGAGUUUCAGUGUGUGUCAAUGGCUUCAAUACAACCAUUACUGAUCAGCCCAUCAUUCUCCACAUUAUCAUUUUCUUCCAAGUUCUUUGAACAAGCCUCAGGCAUUACAUCUUCCCUUACUCCAAUCAAACAUGCCUUCCAAUUCCCAGUUUCCAAACACAUUUACCCAAAUCAAUAUGAUUUUUCACACUCCAGGCCUCUGUAUGCUACCUUAAAUAGUCCAAAAGGCUUUGGUCCUCCUCCAAAGAAAACCAAAAAGACCAAAAAAUCAAAGACAACCUAUGAUGAUAAUGAUGGUGAUGAUGAUGAUGGUGAUAAUGAUGAACCAGAUGCUGGCAUCAUACCAGAGAUAGUGACCAACAGGAUGAUUAGCAGGAUGGGAUUCACUGUAGGAAUUCCUUUAUUUAUUGGGUUGUUGUUCUUUCCAUUCUUCUACUACUUGAAGGUUGGUCUAAAGAUUGAUGUGCCGACAUGGGUACCUUUCAUAGUGUCUUUCUUUUUCUUUGGUUCUGCGUUGUUGGGUGUGAGUUAUGGUAUUGUAUCCUCCAGUUGGGAUCCAAUGAGGGAAGGCUCACUCUUGGGUUGGAAUGAGGCUCAGAAGAACUGGCCUGUCUUUUGGCAGUCUCUUAGGGGUAGAUCUGGCAAGAAGUAGGCUUGGUUGUCUCUUUUGUAUCUUUGCCUAAUUUGUGUUAUCUUAUUUCCCUUUUUUUCUCUGUCCCUACAAUAUCAAUGUAUUCUAACAAUGAGAAUUUUGAUAGCCUUGAGCUUGUACAUUCUCAAAAGCCACAGCACAUAGAGCGAUUUAUCUUACUCUAUAGGAUUAUAAUCAAUGGCCAUAACCAACUUUUUGUGCUCAAA